AUGGCCUCAUCACCGGCAUUGUUCACUGCCUCGCGCAGCCAAACACUAACUUACCUCUUGGCAGUGUGCCCCUUCUCCAUCGCCUUCCUAGUUUACAUCAAUUCAUCCAUCUCCUUCGUCGUAACAGAUCUGAUAGGGCUGCAGAAUGGAGUCGGAGAUGCUGUCGGAACUCUAGGAUUCGCAGACGAACUUCUUGCGCUGGUUGCCUGCCCACUUUGGGGUGUCCUCUCGGAUCGAAUCGGAGUCCGCCAUGUAUGUACGGCAGGCUAUGCUAUUGUAGCACUUGCGCUAGUCGUUUUUGUGCAAGCUACGAAUGUCUACCCUCAGCUUCUCUUGGGAAGGUUGCUCUUUAGUAUCGGUGGCUCAGCGGUAUCGACCAUGGUCACUGCAGUUUUACCAACAGUCACUGGCUCAGCCUUUAAUGCCCAGAAAUAUCGCGCAUCUAUGUCUUCAGAAUUGACUAUCACACCGGAGCGUGCCAGGAAUGGUCAUUCCGUAGAUGUUGAUGCUUUCAGAGCAUCGCCGUCUGCGCGACUCUCCGGGUUUGUUGGUAUGUGUGCUGGCUGUGGUGCGCUCGUGGCACUGGUUGUUUUCCUGCCGCUUGCAGCCCGAUUUGAGAAGAUGGGAUUGUCGCCAUCGCAGGCGAUCCAACGCAGCUAUUAUCUGGUUGCUGCCAUAUCCCUGAUUAUCUGUCUAGUAUGCUUCAUUGGCCUUCGCGAUCUUCCAGGAGAACAAGGCAAAAGUUGGAGUGCACUGUGGAAAACCUCUCACGAAUCGGACGAUGACGAAGAUGAUGACGAUGACAUAUAUAUCCAUCGCCCAAGAUUGUCAUACUGGAAGCAGUUGACAACUGCCCUCACAUUGGGAUUCCGAAACCGUAGCAUUGGACUGGGCUACGUCGGAGGCUUCGUGGCUCGAGCCUCUUCUGUGGGGAUAUCAUUGUUCAUUCCCCUGGCCGUCAAUCACUAUUACCGCGCAUCGGGCCUCUGCGACGAGGAACGUGAACCGGUUCCUGGGUCGGGAUUAGGGGAUAUCAAGAAAGCUUGCCCACGUGCAUACAUCGUCGCAUCCAUACUGACCGGGGUGUCCCAAUUGGUGGCAUUGAUUGCAGCCCCAGCAUUUGGGUACCUGACAGACAAAUCACGACGAUACAAUUUCCCCCUUCUUUUCGCAGCAUUAGUGGGAAUAAUCGGCUAUAUAAUCUUUGCCAUGCUCCCAAACCCUCUGUUCGAAAGACCCGACGGCAAUCCGGGUGUGUUCGUUGUGAUGGCUCUGCUUGGAAUCAGCCAGAUCGGAGCAAUUGUCUGCAGCUUGGCUGUGUUGAGUAACGGUAUCUUGCGGGUCAGCAUCGACAAUGAAACAUUGAGAAAAAUAUACGAGGAGCGCCGUGUCCGCGGGGACGAGAAUGACACUGAGCCAGAUGAAGGCCAGGCUCUUCUUCCCGGGUCGGCCAACCGCAGAUUGGAGCAUCUGUCCCACCUCAAAGGCUCCAUCGCAGGAGUCUAUUCGCUAUAUGGUGGAGCAGGCAUCUUGCUUUUAACCAAAGUGGGUGGACUGUUAUUUGACAUCCUGUCAGCGGGGACACCAUUCUAUAUUAUGGCGGGCUUCAAUGGCGUGCUGCUUGUCAUAGGAAUCGUGUGUGGGGCUAUCAAUCACUUCGGCUCCUGGCCCGGAAGGACAUGA